CGUGACCGAGGUUCCGCGGAUGACGGACCACAUGACCGCAGUUCUGGAGCGGGGCUAAAGUGAGCGACAACAGCUCAACGACGGACGAGCUGUUGUAAGGACGAGAAACCGACGCGUCCGCGACAUUAUUGGACCAGCUAGAUUAAUGCGGCUAGAAAAACCCCACAGUGGUGACGUUUAAUGUUAGCACCCGUUAGCCACGACGCUACGGUGAAUGAUGAAAAGCCAGCGGGACUCUUACUUGGUUGUCGGGACGCGCGGGAUGGAACUUAGGUAUAAAAUACUGUGAUAGGGUUUGUUAUGGGACGGGCGAGCCUUGAGGAUGGGGCGGACUACUCGGAGUGGGAUAUGUGUUUAUUCACAUGAGUUAUGCUUUCAUAAGGUGGAAAGUGUGUUUUUCCACAGCUGCUGAUGUCCAUACACGUCAGCACCCCCCAGACAACGGUAGCAUUCAUACAUUUAUUACUCUCCAUUCACCGCAGAGCUAAACUCUCCGUGGGAUAAGCGGCCAUGGCUGUGAAAUCAAGAAGACCGUGGACGACCGUGAUUUUCGGCGUCUUUCUCGGAUUCACCGUGUCCUCUUGGCUCAUCGUGCCUCAGGUUCUGGAGAGUAAAGGGAAGAAAUCUCCCGUGUGUUCGUACUACAGCGAGUCCUCCGUCGGUAAAGGUCCCGCCAUCCUCGGGAACACUGCGGCUAUCAAAGACCGGGACAGCCCGCAGAUCAGUCAGGAGGAGGACGGGGUAUCCGGUACCGGGAACAGCAGCGGAGACACCGGGAGACCCACGAGCAGACCGAAGCGUUUCCUCUAUGUCGGCGUGAUGACAGCGAAGAAAUAUGUGAGGUCUCGCGCCGUGGCUGCGUACAAGACCUGGGUGGGCUCCAUACCCGGGAAGGUGGAGUUCUUUUCCAGCGCUGGGUCUGGCGCCGUCCACGUGCCCGUCCCCCUCCCGGUCGUCUCGCUGGCGGAUGUGGACGACUCGUACCCGCCUCAGAAGAAGUCAUUCAUGAUGCUGAAGUACAUCCACGACCACUACCUGGAUAAAUACGAGUGGUUCAUGCGCGCGGAUGAUGACGCUUAUAUAAGAGGUGAGAAGCUGGAGUUGUUCCUGCGGUCGCUGAACAGCAGCAAGCCUCUGUAUCUGGGCCAGACGGGCCUGGGCAUGGCCGAGGAGCUGGGCCGACUGGCCCUCGAGCCCGGAGAGAACUUCUGCAUGGGGGGCCCUGGGAUGAUCUUCAGCAGAGAGGUUCUACGCAGGAUGGUCCCUCACAUCGGUACCUGUCUGAGGGAGAUGUACACCACCCACGAGGACGUGGAGGUGGGCCGCUGUGUGCGGCGCUUUGGAGGAACACAGUGUGUGUGGUCCUAUGAGAUGCAGCAGCUCUUCUAUGAGAACUACCAACACAACAAGAAAGGUUUCAUUGAGGAACUUCACAGUAGCAAGAUCCACAAUGCCAUUACGCUUCACCCCAACAAGAAGCCCGCCUACCAGUACCGGCUCCACAACUUCUUGCUGAGCCGUGAGAUCUCCAGGCUUUGUUACCGCACCAUCCUGCUCCACCGCCAAGGCCUGGUUAUGAGUUACCUCAGUGACACAGAAGUCCUGUGGGAGGACCAGCAGCUGGGGUCCCCACCUUCCUACAUGCGCUACAAGCCCACUGAGAGAAAUUAUGUCAUCGAGUGGGAUUUCCUGACUGGCCACCAUAUUUAUUCUGCUGCGGAGAACAAAGUAGCCAGGCAAAGCCUUGGGAACUCACUUCGGACUGCACUCGAAGGCAUCAUUCUCCAGGUGAUGGAGAUGAUUAACGAGAAUUUGAAAACUCGUGGUCGUGUAAUUGACUUUAAAGAGAUUCAGUAUGGCUACUACAGGGUGGAUCCAAUGCAUGGUGCAGAAUACAUCAUAGACUUACUGCUUCUGUACAAGAAACAUAAGGGACGCAAAAUAACAGUGCCUGUGAGGCGGCACGCUUACCUUCAGCAGUCCUUCAGCCAACCCUUCUUUACCGAAACUGACGAGCUAGAUGUGGCUGAACUUGUGGCUGCCAUCAACUCUGAAUCCCAAUCCCUUUCUUUCCUGUCCAACUCUCUGAAGUUCUUGUCACCUUUCCAAGUCUAUGAAUCAAACAGGGAACUGUGGGAGCAGAGCCAGAGGAAGGUCAACAUCCUUGUCCCAUUAUCCGGUCGCUAUGACACCUUUGUCCGCUUUAUGGAGAACUUUGAGAAGGUGUGUUUGAUACCCAAACAAAAUGUUAAGCUCUCCAUCAUUCUGGUGGAAAAUGGGAGCGAUCAGAACCAAGGCAAACACAGUCAGUUAAUCAGAGACUACUACAGGAAGUAUCCCAAAGCUGACCUGUCCCUAAUCCCCAUGACAGGCAACUUCUCACGAGGACUGGCUCUUGAGCUGGGCUCCUCGCAGCUUGAUAAUGACUCCCUACUCUUCUUCUGCGAUGUUGAUCUCAUCUUUAGUGGUGAUGCCUUGCAACGCUGCAGAGACAAUGCUGUCCAAGAGAGACAAGUCUAUUUCCCAGUUGUCUUUAGUCAGUACAACCCCAAAAUAGUGUACUCUAAGAAGGCCCCGAGAGAAAACAAAUUUGUGCUGACCAAGAAAAGUGGUUUCUGGCGAGAUUACGGAUUCGGAAUCACCUGUGUAUUCAAAGGUGACUUACUAAAAGCUGGAGGUUUUGACACCUCAAUCUUAGGUUGGGGACUGGAAGACGUAGACUUGUUCACAAAAGUUAUUAACUCUGGUUUAAAAGUGUUGCGCAGUCAGGAACCAGGACUUGUCCACGUCUAUCAUCCCGUCCAAUGUAACACAAGUCUCGAGCAGAGGCAACACAAAAUGUGCCUCGGGUCGAGAGCAAGUACGUUUGCAUCGACAAUGCAGUUAGCAGAGCUGUGGCUGGAGAAACACAUAGAGGCGGGGUACAACAGAACUUCAUCCUGACACUCCGGCCCUACGGAACCCUCCAUACAAGUUUACCUCAGUUCUGCUUGUAUGCAGACAGCGAUGGAUUGUGUGUGUGUGUGUGUGUGUGUGAGUGUGUGUGUGUUGUAGUGUGACUGUGGAUCAGAGGUCUUAGGCUGUAAUAUUUGACCCGGAGAGAACCCUGAAAGCAGUAGACCCAACACCGAAGGAAUCCAGAGAAAAUAGUACACAAACAGAACAGAGUCUAGGAUUACAGCCUGUGCAAAACAAGUGUCUGCUACCUUAUCUAGUUCUAGACCACUGACUAAAUACAAAUUGGCUGUUGGUUGGUACAUUGGACAUUAUACAGAGUUAUUCAUGUGGAAUUUGCUGUGACAAUGAUGCAAAUAUUGAGCUUUGGGACUUUUAUUGCAGUUCCUUCGGGUGUGGGUUAGAGGUAGCUAA